CGGUCUGGUAACUGCUGGUAACCCUGAACGGUUCUUUUGUGGAUUCGUCGUCAAAAUAAAGAGGGCUAAAAUUCUUGAAUAAAUUGUACUUGAAAAAUUACAAAAUAUAAAAUGGCAGACUCAGAUGUAGUGGACUUGGAUUUAACUAUUGAUAAUUUAGUUCCGAAGAGUCCCGAAAGGGUGGCUGAAGAAAAGAAAGAAAGUGGUAACCAUUUGUACAAAUUCAAAAAUUACAAGGGUGCCUUGACUAUGUAUGAUGAAGCUAUUCAGCUUUGCCCUGAAAAUGCUGCAUACUAUGGCAACAGAUCCGCAUGCUACAUGAUGUUGGGAAUGUACAAGAAAGCCCUUGAAGAUGCACAGAAAGCUGUUUCUUUAGAUUCUACUUUCACAAAGGGAUACAUCCGCAUGGCUAAAUGCUGUAUUGCACUGGGUGACCUAUCGGGUGGUGAUCAGGCGGUGCGACGUGCAAGUGAGCUCGGAGGCGCGGAGUGCGCGGCGAGCGAGAGACGUGCUUUGGAAACAUUACGAAAGCUGCACGAGGAUGCUCAGCGCGCAAUGGAAACAAACGACUAUCGCCGCGUUGUAUUCUGCAUGGACCGCUGCCUCGACUAUAGUCCCUCUUGCACUAAGGCGAAGCUCACAAAAGCAGAAUGCUUAGCUAUGCUUGGAAGGUGUCAAGAGGCUCAGGAAAUUGCUAAUGAUUCAUUAAGGUUUGACAGUUUUGACACAGAGGCUAUAUAUGUGCGUGGAUUGUGCCUGUAUUUUGAGGAUAAAGAUGAACAAGCAUUUAAGCAUUUCCAACAAGUUUUACGACUUGCUCCUGACCAUAAGAAAGCUAUGGAAACUUAUAAAAAGGCUAAAUUGCUCAAACAAAAGAAGGAAGAAGGUAAUGAAGCAUUCAAAAUGGGUAGGUGGCAGCAAGCUCUGAGCCUCUAUAAUGAAGCUUUGACUAUUGAUAAGAACAAUAAGAUUGUAAAUGCUAAACUGUACUUCAACAAGGCAACAGUGUGUGCUAAACUGAACCAAAUCAAGGAAGCUGCUGAAGCUUGCACUGCUGCCCUCGAACUAGACGAAAACUACGUGAAGGCGUUACUUCGACGUGCCAAGUGCUACACUGAACUAGGUGAAUUCGAAGAAGCUGUCAAAGAUUACGAAAAGCUCUACAAGAUUGACAAGAGCAAGGAAAAUAAGCAAUUACUGCAUGAAGCCAAAAUAGCUCUUAAAAAAUCGAAACGCAAAGACUAUUAUAAAAUACUUGGCAUUGACAAGAGUGCUUCAGAAGAUGAAAUCAAGAAAGCAUAUAGGAAGCGCGCCCUCGUCCAUCACCCAGAUAGGCACGCGGGAGCACCCGACACAGAGCGUCGUGAGCAGGAGCGCCGUUUCAAAGAAGUGGGUGAGGCGUACGGGGUACUUAGCGAUCCCAAGAAGCGCGCGCGCUAUGAUCACGGACAAGAUCUCGACGAUGAUGGCUCCGGCAUGGCAGAUAUUGACCCCAACGUAGUAUUCCAGACCUUCUUCAACCGUGGUGGACAACAUUUUGAUUUCGGCGGCCGAUUCCCAGGGAACACUUUUGAUUUUCAUUUCGGUUAAUUUCCUUCAUAUGUUACUUAUGACCGUAAUUUGAACAAUCAACAAAAAUGUUAUGCAUAAAUUAACAAAAUUGUAUGUGUACAUUAUAGAAUUUAAAAAAUGUUCUAGCUGAACACAAUAAUAUACAUCAUUCCACAUUAAAAUAUAUAAACACAACUUACUCAAAGAGUGAUUAAUAUUUUGGCAAAAUUAUUUGGUUUUAUUUUUCCUCUGUUUGAAACAGUUAUAGAAGUGCUCUAUUUUAAUGAAUAAUUGCCAUACAUUAUCACAACGAACGAUGACCAAGUAUGUUGAGGAGCACAUGUGUUAUUAACUGUACAUGAUAUGGUGUUGCGUUCAAAACCGUAGUACCUAAUUAUUAUAAUAAUGACUGAUUUGGUUAAGUAUUUUUUGAUUGUUAGCCCACUGGCGAAGUCAUGUGAACAUGCUUAAUGUAAUUUAAUGAUGAAUAAAACUAGAAAAUAACUAUGAGUACCUAGGGAGUUUUAAUGAAUUGUCUCUCAUUACCCGAUGGUAACUCAAGAACUGACCCAAUAACAAUUUACAAAGCUACGAAUACAAAAAAAAAUGUAAUAUUAGAAGGUAAAAAUAUACCUAAAUGUGUCAUUUUCGAUUUCUUUAAAACCGAUUGUCCUGCCAAACUUACUGACUGCUAUGUAUUUGAUAGUUUUAUUAUUGUAACCUGCAUAAGUAGUUUCCUUCGUCACUUUUAUUUGAAUCACGAAUAUGUCAUGAUUGUUAUAAUAAAGUAUAUGUAAGUAAAAAAAAUACCAAGAUUUAUAGUAACUACAUAUUUGCGAAAACGAUUUCAAUAUUUACUCAAAUCUGUAAAUAAAAAAGAAAUGAAAGAGAAGUUUACUUAGUAAUUUUAUUCUUAAGAUUGGGGUGUGUUCAAUCAAUGGAGUAGAGUGAAAUAAUAAUUAUUAUUCAUGGAACAUUAUCUUAAUAGACGGCUUUCACAGUAGUUUAAUAUAAAUGGAACUUUAAUAAAAAUAUCCUCUAAUUGGAUGUUAAUUUUUAUUUUCCUACAAAAUCCGCAGUUAUUUACAAUGUUAAUAUCUCUUUACUUGCAUUAGCAGUCUUUGUAGUAGGUAAAGGAAUGAAUAGAAAUGAUUUUACAGUCUAUUAUAUGAUAUGAAUGUGUAAGAAACAACGUAUACCUACUACAAAACGCUAAAUGUAGUACAAAAACAAUAAAACAUAGUUUUGGAUA